AUGGAUGUACGCGAGUUGGGAUACUUCCCAGUAUAUAGUCUCCUCUGUUUCCUAUGCCCCGUACUGGGCUUGUACAGUUCCAACGAUGAUGUGAUCGAACUUACCCCUAGCACCUUCAAUCGGGUCACUUCGGAUGAUUCCGUUUGGUUCGUAGAGUUUUAUGCCCCCUGGUGUGGACAUUGUAAGAACUUAGCCCCUGAAUGGAAACAGGCAGCCACAGCACUCAAGGGUGUUGUCAAGUUGGCCGCCGUGAACGCAGACGAGCAUUCCUCAUUGGCAAACACUUACAAUGUGAAGGGUUUCCCGACUAUCCUGAUGUUUGUGAAAGAUAAGCAUAAAACCUCCACGCCCUACACAGGUGGUCGACAGGCUUCACACAUUGUUAAGGAGGCUUUGGAUCAGGUCAAAAAGCUCGUGGAAUCCAGAAUGGGUCAGGAGUCUUCGCAGAGUGGUGGUGGGUCGGGCCGGACCGAUGUGGUGGAGCUGACGGACAACAACUUCGAAGAUGUUGUUCUGAAGAGUGAGGAGCCCUGGUUGGUGGAAUUCUUCGCGCCUUGGUGUGGACACUGUAAAAACCUCAAACCGCACUGGGAGACUGCUGCUACUGAGUUGAAAGGUGUCAUGAAGGUUGGUGCCGUGGACGCCACUGUGCACAAUCAACUGUCUCAGAAAUACGGGAUCCGUGGAUUCCCAACGAUCAAGUUCUUCCCUGCUGGCUCAAAAAAGAAUACAGACCCUGUGGACUACGAUGGUGGUCGGACGUCUGAUGACAUAGUGCGAUGGGCCAUGGAUAAGGCAGAGGCAUCGAUGCCCGAUCCCGAAUUGACCGAGAUCACUUCAUCUGCAGUGUUCUCGGACGCCUGCGAAAAACACCAAAUCUGUGUCAUCAGCGUCCUACCAAGCCUAUACGACUGUCAGUCCGAUUGUCGUAAUCAGCACUUGAACACGAUCAAACAACAGGCAGCAGAGUACAAGAAACAGAAGUGGGGGUGGGUCUGGACAGAAGCACUAAAGCAACCGGAGUUGGAAAAAAUGUUUGAUAUUGGUGGGGCGGGAUACCCGGCUAUGGUUGCUGUUCACAGCAAGAAGCUGAAACGUGCCACUUUGCGUGGAUCGUUUAGCACGGAGGGCAUUCACGAUUUCCUGCGUUCCCUGCUCCAUGGUGAUCCACAAUUGCAACUGUUUCCCGUGCGUGAAUUACCAAAGAUCUUGACUGUGGAUCCUUGGGAUGGAAACGAUGCUCCUCCAAUCGAAGAAGACGAAAUUGACUGGGAGGAAAUGGGAAUCAAGCGCGAUUUGUAGUGUCACUGAGCUUACCGACAGGACGUCCGUUUUAUCUCUGGAUGAUGAUUUGUUAUCCGCUUUCUCCUAACCGAUUGAAGGAUUGGUCCUUUUCAUGUUUUUUGUUUUUCACUGCAUACGUUUCUCUGCUGCAAACCUGGUGACGGCUGAUUUUUUGCCGUCACUAGCAUGGAUGCGUCUUUAUAUAUUGUUCUUUCUAUG